AUGAUUUAUGUCUUCUUCAAACUCAGGAAUUAUUUGAAAAAGUUGAUUGCAAAUCAAAAUUUUCUUUGCUUUGAUCCAGAAGUAUGGCCACAACUAGAGGAUUACAAUAAUGCAAAAGAGAUAGUGACUGCAGUACGGGUAGUUAAUGAUUGUGCUGAGCGAGCAGUUAAAUUGGCAUCUGAUUUUAAUACAGCACUUACUCAUGUUGAAAAUCAGCGCCAGUUGAUGUAUCAGAUGUUCGCGUUGAUGAAAAGGAUUAGGAAGACGAUGAUGAGGCAAAGGACGACGGUAGUGAUGGAAACAACCAACCUAUCCAUCAAAAUUAGGGAAGGUAGGAUAGUGGCUACUUUUGGUGGCCAGUGGAUUGUGGCUACCCUCUGUGGCCACUGGGUGGUCGCUACCUUCGGCUGUCCCUGGAUUGUCGCUACCCUCGGUGACCACUAA